AUGGAAAGUAUCCAUGCGGUCGAACGAGCUGAUCGAGGUGGUUUGGAGGAAAAGGUUAUAAGAAGUACAAACGCUAUACUAUAUUACUAUUUCACCUUAGACCGUUUCAUCGUAGCCCCUCAGCAAGGCCGUAACCAUAACAUACCGGAUUUUAUCGUCAACACCUUCCAUCAACCCGGUACCGAUUUUACAGACAAUGUAAUGGUGGAAUGUAAACGUUUAUCGCCGACAAUUCGAGGGACCGUAAUACCAACAGAAACUCAGCAAAGUAACACUGAAUACCAACUGAGCACCGCUCUGGAGGAGAACAGUAGUAUGGACGAUUCUUGUUACGGUAUUGAGAUCAUCGGGAAUCAAAUACGUUUUUUCGAGUACUUCGGUCCGAGAAGUCAAUUCGACAAUCACCCCGCCUUCCAAAUAUUUAGGUAUGGGAGUUAUAGAAUGGUUCCUAUGGGUGCUAAUAGGGUUGCUGGACUCACGGGUGGUUACAUGAACCUGAACUCGCCUCAACAUGAGCAAGCUAUACAUGAUACAUUCGUGUAUUUAACCAACCAUGUUGUACCUGUAGGUUUCUAG